UGCGGCGGCCCACGGUAGUUACACUAAAAUAGUCGACUUCCGGCACGGAGCUCUUUGGCGGCGUUUCGGCGGCCCGACGUGCUAGCUAUGCGGCAGAAGUACUACAUUGAAGCGGCGGCUCGCGGCCUGGUGGAAAGCUGCCCUGGCCAGGCCCGCUACCUCCUCUGGGCCUACAGUUCGACACACGAGGAAAACAGCACUUUUCAAGAAACAUGCCCAUACUGCUUCCAGUUGUUGGUUCUGGAUAACUCUAGAGUGCGCCUCAAACCCAAGGCCAAACUGACACCCAAGAUACAAAAACUCCUUAAUCGAGAAGCAAGAAGUCACACACUCAGUUUCAAAGAAGUAAAGCUGUUGAGAAAGUACAAAGACUCCACAAGUGUGCUGCUGGUUACCUGUAGAACAUGCAACAGAACAAUAAAACACCAUGGGAAGAGUAGAAGUUUCCUGUCAGCACUGAAGAGCAAUGCUGCCACUGCUACCAACAAAGCCAACCUGCAAACGCCAAAGAGAAAGACUCCAGGCUCCAAACACCCAAGUCAUAAUGUGUCUGCUUCCAAAGGCACCAGCCCCUCCUUCACCGUCAGAACACCUGUAUCUGGACAGUCAACACCCAUUUGCUCCUCAAGGAACAGCAGCAAAAGAAAGAAACACUUCUCUCAACUAAAAGCACUGCUUAGUCAGAGUGCACCAGAGAAGAACCCAAAGCUGGACUUCAGGCACUUCCUUUCUUCUCUGUGAAGAGGAUGGCCUUUGAAAAGACUCAAGUUAGUUAACAGCUUUUGUCCUCACUUGUGUGUCUGAGCACAGGGAGACUAGAUCCAAAAGCAAGCUCUUCUGGGCAUCCUUCAGUGCUUAUGUGGAAAACACCUCAUUCAAUAAAGUAACUGGGGCUUCCCUGGGUGAAUGUGAAGAUCCAAAAACAAAUGACCAGACCAGAGAGAUGGCUGAAGGGUAAAGACACUGCCGCAUGCCUGACAACUCUAUUCAAUCUCCAGCACCCACAGGGCAGAAAGAACCCACACUACAAGGUGUUUUCUGGCCUCCACAUGAGUAACCCCCUCGCACACACACAUAGAAAAAGUAAAUGUAAUAAAGGGUAUUAAAUUCUUACAAUAAUUAAGUUCUUACAAUAAAGGUAUAGUGAAUAUUGAAUGGUAA